CCGGCAAGCUCCAUGGUGAGCGCGCGCUUGCGCAGUCGGCGGGCACAGGAGGGCUGGAGACCCAAAUAGUCAGGAGCUGACGGGCUUUGCGGAGGUUCGAGGCGGCCUUCGGAGGCGGCGAUGUCCUCUUGGGCCUAUAUGUAGAUAUUGUGCUGCAGUCCUUGCCCUCGGAGACUGCCAGUACCGGCCCUCAUGGAAAUGGCUCACAUUCGAGACUUCAGUUUACAGAAUACACGCAUGGACCCUGAGGAGCUCUUUACGAAACAGGAACGGAUUGGAAAAGGCUCUUUUGGUGAAGUUUACAAAGGUAUAGAGAAUCGCAGUAAAGAAGUUGUGGCAAUCAAAAUCAUUGACUUGGAAGAGGCAGAAGACGAGAUAGAAGACAUACAGCAGGAGAUUACAGUGCUCAGCCAGUGUGACAGUCCAUAUGUCACCAAGUACUAUGGCUCUUACUUAAAGGGCACAAAAUUAUGGAUAAUUAUGGAGUAUCUGGGUGGAGGCUCUGCAUUAGACUUGCUGAAACCAGGCCCUCUGGAGGAGACGUACAUUGCCACAAUUCUUCGGGAAAUCCUUAAAGGUUUAGACUAUCUGCACUCAGAACGGAAAAUUCAUAGAGAUAUUAAAGCUGCUAAUGUUUUACUGUCAGAACAAGGUGACGUCAAGCUCGCAGACUUUGGAGUUGCAGGCCAACUAACAGAUACACAAAUAAAGAGGAACACUUUUGUGGGCACGCCCUUCUGGAUGGCACCAGAAGUCAUCAAACAGUCUGCAUAUGACUUCAAAGCAGACAUCUGGUCCCUUGGAAUAACUGCAAUUGAAUUAGCAAAGGGGGAGCCGCCUAACUCGGAGUUGCAUCCUAUGCGAGUUCUAUUCCUUAUUCCGAAGAACAACCCCCCAACUCUGGAAGGAAAUUACAGCAAACCCUUCAAAGAAUUUGUAGAGGCUUGCCUCAACAAAGACCCCAAAUUUAGACCAACAGCAAAAGAACUUCUGAAACACAAGUACAUCCAGCGCUACACAAAGAAAACUUCUUACCUAACAGAACUGAUUGACCGCUACAAACGUUGGAAAUCAGAAGGUCACGGUGAGGAGUCCAGUUCCGAAGACUCUGACCUUGAAGCUGAUGCCGAUGAAAGAGAUCAGUGUCCAGUUUGGACUUUCCCCACUGUACGCCCCAGCACCUUAAGCAAGCUGCAAAACGGAAUGCCUGUACAGAGUUCUCAGAAGCCCUCGGAACCAAUGAAGCGACUGCCAAAGUCGAAGUGCUUGACGACCCUGGUCAAUCCCAUGUUCAGAGAGCUACAAGAAAAGCACAAAGUAAGUGGUGGGAAUCUGGGUGCCAUUGAAGAGCUGGAGAAUGCUUUUAAUCUGGCAGAGGAAUCGUGUCCAGGCAUUUCGGAUAAACUGGUAGCACACAUGGUGGAGCGGGUACAAAGGUUUUCAUUAAGCGGUUCUAGCAAGAACUCGGCACGGUGAGGAUCUCGGCACCUUCAGGGGCUUCCUAUGUGCCCCGUGACCCAGCACCCAACAACACCCUUCCUGCUGCAGUUAGGAAAGUCCGUGACUGCUGAUGCCACUGCUUCAUGGCCAAGGCACUGAGACUCGAUCACACUGUUGGAUCAGAACUGAAGAUGUUUUACUUUUAACACUGCUGCCAUGAGGGGUGGCACCAAAUAUGAGGGGUUGAUUUUUUUGUUGUUUUAAUUAGAAGUUAUAAUAUUUUUACAGUUUCUUUAUAUGCAGAGAAGGUUAAUUGAUGGUGUAUAUCAAACUGUAUUAGUAGAAAUGUACUGUGUGAGAGACAGCAUCUCUUGCUUGCCUGUCUAGGUUCUGUUUCUGAUUUCAAUGGUCAAUUUUUUAAAAAUGGUUUUAAAAUUAAAUAAUGCCAUUUAUAAGGGUGCGCAAGCAUGGAUUAUAUACAUUCAGGGUAGAGACUCUGAGACAACUUUCACUGAACUACUCUGUUUAAGAGGGGGCUACGAUGCUUUCUAAGAUUUUAGUUGGAUGUGGGAGUUGGAUGUGCUUAUCCAGACCUUAGAUCAGUCAAAUCAGCCAGGACUACCAUUGGAGGAGUCUGAUGGUAUGGGCAAAAUACCUCUCGACUGCCGAGGCUGCAUUUUUUCAGUCAAUCCAAUCUGCUGACCUGAUCAAGGGAGACUACUUAAGUAACAGCCUUCGAGAUGGACCCUGCAUAUUGCAGGAGGAGAUCGAGGUUGGCCAUUGAAAAGACCAGCUUAGCAACUGGAAGGGAGAAUUCGUGAAGGAUAAGGUUAAAGGAGGAUUGAAAACAAUUUUAUUAAAAAAAUAUGCAUUUAAAUGUGAAGUUAUAGAAACAUGAAUGUUACUCUUGAGUAUAUAAUAAUCCCUCAUCUAAGACAGCACAAAGCUCCCUUUUCUGCCACCUUUCCAAUACCCCAAAUUACAGUGACAUCACCCAUAUUCUAAUUUUUGCUAUGACCUGCAAAAGUGAUUCUGUCUCUUCAUAGGACAGUUCCACAGUGCUGAAUUGUAGAGUUGGUUGAAAGGAUGCAAGUCUCACCUGUUGGGGCUCACACCUUGUUCCCCUGCAGACUUUUUUGAUGGAGGAGAGAGGAACAUUUUGCCUUCCUAGGCCAGAUCUCAGUAAGUACUCCAGUCUGGGUUGUGACACAAGAGCAGGAAACAAACAAAAUAGAUCGUUACUUGGAUUGGAUGGUAGACAAGUUGAAGACCAAAUGGCUUAAAUCAGAGGCUAGUCACAUCUGGAACAGUUUCUCUUCAGAUUAACACUCCAAACUUGUAACUAAAUUGUUGGCAAUGAGUGAUCUUUGGGGAGCUGGAAAAGAAUAUUCUCUCUUGUUUUAAGGACCGAUUCUCAGAUGUUAUAACCAUAAUCUGCACCCCCACCCCAACACUGAUUUUGCAUUGUUAGUGCUCCAGUGAACAAGAAUUUGUAGGCAUAUUGAAGAAGUAUUACUAUUACCAUUUGUACAGCAAUGGAGUUGCUGUUGCCAAAGGAUCACCAGGUCAUUGGAGAUCUGUGGAACUGUGUUCAGUCCUUGAACUGAAACGCUGCUGGCCAAUGUCUUUAAUGGCAUUGACAUGGACUUUCCUACUGAACAAACUGGGGAAAUCCUGGUGUUAGCAGGACUCAUGACAAAUGAGUUUUGCAAAGCAGUUUUUAAUUCCUCUGUUUUCUUUAUCUCACUCGAUGUAGCACAAAAAAGUUAUCAUAAUAUUGUGUCCCAAUUACGUUUGUGUUUUCCUCUGCGAGUACAUAAAUGUUCCAUUGUGCGAGUACGAUCACAUUCCUUCUAGGUUCUAUUAUAUAAGUUGGAAUAAGUGAUAAUUUUGAAUGGAUCCUCUGUAUGGCCUUAAAAGGGAUGCCAAGCUGAUUGGAUUAUUUUGCUUUUACGCUAUGCAUUAAGAAGGUAAACAAAAUGAGUGACAAUACCACUAUAAAAUAUGCCCAGCCACAUUGUCCUACUUAUACAAUAAAAACAUUUGCCCCAAAUCUGGUAAAAACGCCAUGAUAUAAUUAGGGGUGAGCUAAGUAAACAAAUGAGUUUUUUUUAAGAGUGGAGGAACUGUGUUUAGAACUUAAAUGUUCUUGAUCUAAAAGACUGUAGUAAAACUUGAGGGUGGACAUUUGGUAGUAAAGCUGGGGAGUAACAAAAACUGUAGCAAAAUGUAAAGGAAAAUGAGAUGUGCGAAAGAGUUUUUUAAAUACAGUUGGUAACAUCCAGGCAAGAACUCAGUGUGUGAGAGUAGCAGUUGACCAUGAGUUACAGCUGUAAGUUUUGCAAGAUUCCCAGGAAGAACUAGUUGAUUCAUUUUGCAGAGUUUUACCCCAGGGCUGUGGCUGGAGAUCUGGAGAAACCCACCCUAAUGUGACUCAGGAUCAUGGUUUGCUGGCACAAAAUCUGACUUUUCUUUACAAAUUAUUGAUUCUGCUUUUCAUCAAGGGCCUAUUCUCUUGGUGAUUCCAGGUCUGACACACAGCCGUAUGCAGUUCGAAGUUCUAGAUACCUGCAUCCCAUUGAGGAGAUGAGCAGUAACUCCACAACCUUGUCAGCAAAACUGGGGAUUGUAUUCCUGUCUGUCUUAUAUUUGUAUACUGCAUGCAUCAGCAGUGUACGUCUGCACACUAGGUCUGCAAAUCCAGUUAUUACUCAUCUUAAAAUCCAGUUUAGGUUUGGUUGUAGUUAUUUAUGGUGAAGGAACGUAUCCAUGCUCUUGGAGCACUGGGUCGUGUUUUAUAUACAGUGUAAUGAACAAGAAUAAAAAUCAAGA